AGUACUGGUACCCGUACUAGAUGCGACUAUUAUUCCAAAAGCCAGCUCCCCAAAUUUUGAUCAGAAAUCUCAAUACCCUCUCCAAUUUACCCUUUUGCAACUCCAAUUCUUUUUUUAAAUCAUCAGUAUCGUCGCUGUCGUUGUCUGGUCCUGAUUUCAGUAGGCGGAGAAGAAUCAGCAGUAGUUGUCCGAUGGCGACGGUGAGUACUCCAAAGCCGCCGCCGGCGACGACGACGACAACGAAGAUUGAUGAUGGGGUGGGCAUAGCGAGCAAGUGCUGGAUCAAGUACAGGAAAGAGUCCACGCUUUCUUUGUACUCUCCGUUCGUGGUGUCUUUGGCUUCUGGGAAGUUGAACGUCGAUGCUUUCCGCCAUUACAUUGCUCAGGAUGUUUAUUUUCUCAAGGCUUUUGCUCAAGCGUAUGAAUUGGCAGAGGAGUGUGCAGAUGAUGAUGAUGCGAAGAUUGGGAUCAAUGAAUUGAGGAAGAAUGUGGUUCAAGAGCUCAAAAUGCAUAAUUCAUUCAUCCAAGAAUGGGAAACUGCUCCAGCCAAAGAAAGCACACUUAAUCCUGCAACGUUGAAGUACACGGAGUUUUUGUUGGCCACAGCCUCGGGGAAGGUUGAAGGAGUAAAAGCCCCUGGUAAACUUGCAACUCCAUUUGAGAAAACAAAAGUGGCGGCUUAUACUUUAGGUGCUAUGACCCCCUGCAUGAGGCUUUAUGCAUUUCUGGGCAAGGAAUUGCAGGCACUUCUUGAUGAGAGUGAAAGUACUCAUCCCUACAAGAAAUGGAUUGACAAUUACUACUCUGAUGGCUUCCAGGCAUCGGCUCUGCAAACUGAGGACUUACUGGAUAAAUUAAGCGUUUCGUUGACUGGUGAAGAGCUUGACAUCAUUGAAAAGCUGUAUCAUCAAGCAAUGAAACUUGAGCUGGAUUUUUUUCUGGCUCAGCCACUUGGGCAGAAAACUGUUGUUCCUCUGUCAAAACUACACAAAGAAACAAAAGAUCAACUUAUUAUAUUUUCUGACUUUGAUUUGACCUGCACUGUGGUUGAUUCAUCUGCCAUCUUAGCGCAAAUUGCUAUCAUAACAGCGCAAAAGUCUGAUCAAAGUCAACUGGAAACUCAAAUUGCUCGGAUGUCGUCAGCUGAUCUGAGGAGCAGAUGGGGGUUUCUGUCAAAGCAGUAUACAGAAGAGUAUGAACAGUGCAUUGAGAGCAUUUUGGUUUCAGAUAAAGCUGAUAAGUUUGAUUAUGAACGUUUACGCAAUGCUCUGGAGCAACUUUCAGAUUUUGAGAAAAGAGCAAAUCUGAGGGUAAUUGAGUCUGGGGUACUCAAGGGAUUGAAUCUUGAAGAUAUAAGACGUGCUGGGGAGCGUCUGAUUCUCCAAGAUGGUUGUAUCAAUUUCUUUAAGAGCAUCACAGGGAAUAAGAAUUUGGAUGUAAAGGUCCACAUUCUUUCCUACUGUUGGUGUGCUGAUCUUAUUAGGUCUGCCUUCUCUGCAGGUGGCCUAAAUGCCCUGAAUGUGCAUGCUAAUGAAUUUACUUACGAAAACUCAUUAUCAACGGGUGAAAUUGUUAAGAAAGUGGAGUCUCCCAUUGACAAACUUAAAGCGUUUAGUGAUAUCUUACAGAACUCCAGCAACAACAGAAGGAAUCUGACUGUGUAUAUUGGAGAUUCAGUGGGUGACUUGCUUUGUUUACUUGAAGCAGAUGUUGGCAUUGUACUUGGCUCAAGCACUAGUUUAAGGAGAGUAGGAAGUCAUUUUGGUGUUACUUUUGUUCCGCUGUUUCCUGGCGUGGUUGAGAAACAGAAAGGAUGUGUCGAGGGGAACUCAGCUGUAUGGACGGGGCUUUCAGGCAUUCUUUACACAGUCACAAGUUGGGCAGAGAUUAGUGCCUUUAUUCUUGGGCAGUAGAAUCUUCUCUCCCCUCGCAUCCUUUGUUAUGUUAGGAUAUUGAAGAAUGUUAAUACAAAAAUAUAAUGUGUUGAUGGGUUGGUGGCUAGUUUUAUUUGAGGCCACGGAAUAGCUCUCUUGUUCCCUUGUGUUUUUUCUGCAGGGCCUUCUGUUACAGGAUUGUAGAUGUGAUUCUUUUGGCUGAUUGUUCCGAAUACUGAGAGCUCAUGAUCAAAUCAUCAUAAAGAGGCAGUUUUACCAAUUAUUAGUUGAAGUGUAAUAUAUUCACCCUGUUGGGGUUUACGCUGUUCAGUUUUUUGGAUUGAAUGGCAAUUUGGAGAAAGACGUGACUGCUUGAUUUUUUGCAGCUUUCUCCAUGAAAGGAAAAGAUAUUUGUUUGUGGUAUCUGUAAUGAGAUUCUACACUGCUCUCCUUGUAUCUCAAGUCAAUUUCUGGAAAACUGUCAUUCCUAAGUAUUACCUUGCUCUA